CUCGCAUCGUCAGGUAGCAGUCGCUGAUUCCGCGCAAUGCGAUAUUGUCAUAUCGAAAAUUGCUCCCGCGGCACAAUUUCGUCGCAUUCUAUCGGCUUGGCAACUCUUUUGCAAAACAAGUCAAGUUUACCUCACACUGCCGGCGCACGUCGAUCGAGCUCAGUUAAUUACGGAGAGGAUGGUGUAUGUUUUGGCGAUGUAAUACGUUCGAUCAAGGCCUGCCUUUGUAUCUUACCCGUGUUAUCAAACUCACUGACGUGUGUACUUGUAUUCGCAUAGAGCGCGCAGUGCAGUACCAUCCGUCGACGGACUGCGGCAGGAUGUCGUCGUCGGAGCAAUUGAUGCAAAUGAUAAAGGGCUAUCUUGGAGUACACACUAUCAAUAAAUGGACUCUUUCCAAAUCACCGCUUGAUGGGCUUGGGUUGUUUGCUACCGAAGAUAUAGCGGCUGGGGAAGUGAUUUUCGUGGACAAACCACUCAUUUUUGGGCCUAGAGCUGGAGCCAAUCUGCCGCGAGGAUGUACAGUUUGUUCCACAUUAGAUAGUGACACGUUCUUCAAGUGUUCAAGUUGUGCGUUAUUGUUGUGUUCAGAAAAGUGUCAGAAUACAAACGUCCAUCGCGACGAUUGUAAUAUUAUUUCCCGUUGGAUUAAUAAAGUGCCUAUGGAGGAAGUCGACGUUACAAUAAUGUCGAGGUCGCUUGCUGUGAUAAGAGUUCUGCUUUUAAAUGAGAAUGAGUUAGAAUUAUUAGCGACUCUCGAAGCACAUAAACAACCACAACAUGGGUUUGAAGUGAAAGCUCUGAGGGAAUACUUCGAGAUCCCGGAAGAAGAAGAAAAACUAAUGUUACUCGCUUGUCGUAUUUACGAUACAAAUGCGUACCAAAUGGCUGUUAAUUACGGGAAAAGAGAAAUGAGUAUGAGGGGCCUGUAUCCUGUCGCUUGUCGCAUGAAUAGUAUUUGUGUACCCAACGUAAGAUACUCUUUUAACGGUAACAAUGAUAUGAUAGUAGCGGCAGUGAAGCCUAUAAGGGCGGGAUCGGAGAUAAAUACAUGUUACUCGGGGCUUCUUUGGGGUACUCCGGCGCGUCAAAUGCAUCUGAAGAGGACGAAACAUUUCAUUUGUAAGUGUGAGCGUUGUGCUGAUCCAACUGAGCGAGGGACUUUGUUGUCAGCGUUGAAGUGCUUUAAUAACGGUUGUCGUGGCUCCCUUAUUUCUACCAAGCCACUGAUAUCAACAGCCGCCUGGCGCUGCUUGGAGUGUGACAUACGAAUACCCAGCAAGAAUAUAUUCGCCGUGCAAAAUGCCCUCGGUAGCAUGCUAGCUAUGUUAGAGUUCAAAUCGUUUAAUGACCUUGAAAACUUCCUGCUGCAUCGAGUAACUAAUUUCAUCCCGAAAACGAAUCAAAUCGUAGUUGAUCUCCAAAUACGCUUCAUAUUCGGAACUGAAGACAUUGGUCUAAAAGAGCUGUCGGAGUCCCGCUUGGCGCUGAAGGAGAGCCUGUGCCGCGGCGUGCUCCGCGUAGUGGCAGCUCUGGGGCUGGGCGACGCGCACCACCGAGGGCUGCUGCUGUACCACCUGCACGCAACGCUGGCAGAGCGCGCGCGCCGGUGCCCCGACCUGUAUGAGGACCUGAAACCUGAAAUCGAGAGCACUAUAGAGCAAGCGUACAACAUCCUUCGAGACGACAUAUCUGCCCCACCAGACCUGGAACUUCGGCGCAGGUACCUCGGCCCAGGCUCUGACAAGCCCCACGAAGAAAGAUUCUUCAUACUCGACUCUUAACCAAUGUAUUUAUUUUACAUAGAAUAAUUUAAAACAUAAUGUGUUCCAAUUCAAACACCUACUUAUUUUCUCUGCCUACUUUUUAUUUAGAAUAGGUACCUAUAAUUAUAAUUAACGAUAAUAAACUAUUUUAAAUUGA